AACUGUCGAACAAGAUGAUUCACAUCUCUCUCACACACUCGAACUUUUUCUCUCAUCACAGCUACUGAGCUCCGAGAUGCAUGCUUCAAUUUCGCCUCUGUCGACCUCCAUCCUGCCGUAUUCCACUCUCCGGCCACAUUCGAGUUCGCGACUGUGCGGCCUCCGGAGAGAGGCGUUUGGAUUUCGCUCGCCGCCGCAGUUCCGGAAUCGCGGCGUCGGAGCUGUCUCAGCGAAGGCGAAUUCUCGGCGGCUGUCAGUUUUCUCGGCUUCGAAUUCAGCUGCGGGCAAUGGAAGCAGCGCUCCGGCAUCGUUCGAUUAUGAUCUCGUCAUUAUUGGAGCUGGUGUCGGCGGCCAUGGGGCUGCGCUGCAUGCCGUGGAGAGAGGUCUCAAAACAGCUAUUAUUGAGGGCGAUGUGAUGGGUGGAACUUGUGUAAAUCGAGGGUGUGUUCCUUCUAAAGCCCUACUAGCAGUAAGUGGUAGGAUGCGUGAACUUCAAGAUGAGCAUCAUCUGAAAGCUUUAGGUUUGCAGGUUGCUGCUGCCGGGUAUGACAGACAGGCAGUCGCUGACCAUGCUAAUAAUCUUGCUUCAAAAAUCCGUGGUAAUUUGACUAAUUCACUGAAAGCACUUGGCGUGGACAUUUUAACAGGAUUUGGCACCAUAGUGGGCCCUCAGAAAGUCAAAUAUGGGAAAAUUGGUUCAUCUGACAAUGUGGUUACUGCAAAGGACAUAAUUAUUGCCACGGGGUCAGUUCCUUUUGUUCCUAGAGGAAUUGAAGUUGAUGGGAAGACGGUAAUAACCAGUGAUCAUGCCCUUAAAUUGGAAUUUGUUCCUGAUUGGAUCGCCAUAGUUGGAAGUGGUUACAUUGGGCUUGAGUUCAGUGAUGUAUACACUGCUCUUGGUAGUGAGGUUACAUUUAUUGAAGCUAUGGAUCAACUUAUGCCCGGAUUUGAUCCAGAGAUAGGCAAGCUUGCUCAACGAGUUUUGAUAAAUCCACGAAAAAUUGACUAUCACACCGGAGUAUUUGCUACCAAGAUAACUCCUGCAAAAGAUGGGAAGCCAGUGACUAUUGAGCUUAUUGAUGCGAAGACAAAAGAACCAAAAGAUACAUUGGAGGUCGAUGCAGCCUUAAUUGCAACCGGAAGGGCUCCAUUCACAAAAGGCCUUGGACUGGAGAAUAUUAAUGUGGAGACACAAAGAGGAUUUGUUCCUGUUGAUGAGCGCAUGAGAGUGAUUGACGCAGAUGGAAACCUGAUCCCACACUUGUACUGCAUUGGUGAUGCAAAUGGUAAAUUGAUGCUCGCCCAUACAGCAAGCGCUCAAGGAAUUUCUGUUGUCGAACAACUUACUGGAAAUGAUCACGUGCUUAACCAUUUAAGCAUUCCAGCAGCCUGUUUCACUCAUCCCGAGAUCAGUAUGGUUGGACUGACCGAGCCUCAAGCAAGGGAAAAGGCUGAAAAUCAGGGGUUUGAAAUAAGUAUUGCCAAAACGAGUUUCAAGGCCAACACCAAGGCCUUGGCUGAAAACGAAGGGGAAGGGCUCGCAAAGUUGAUAUACAGACCUGACACUGGUGAAAUUCUUGGCGUUCACAUUUUUGGGAUGCACGCUGCAGACCUCAUACACGAAGCAUCUAAUGCUAUUGCACUAGGAACCAGAGUUCAGGACAUAAAGUUUGCCGUUCAUGCACACCCAACAUUAUCCGAAGUUCUUGACGAGCUAUAUAAAUCAGCAAAGGUAAACUCCCAUAAUAAUAAGCCAGCUAGUGAACCAGUCGCUGUAUAACCACUUAUCGCUGUAUAGAACCCUCAUUCUUGUAAGAGAUUUGUGAAUGUCACUGUAUAGGAUCUUCGUUCUUGUAAGGGAUUUUUUAGCUAUUACAAAUGAGCAGGGAGUUUUUAAA